GGAACCUUGGCGCGGUGACGCUAGUUUCCGGCGGGUUACUUAGAGCGCCGAACAGCUCUGGGCCAAAGGAACAUGAGAGGGCCGGAGCCGGGUCCCGAACCAACGAUGGAGGGAGACGUGCUGGACACACUGGAGGCGCUGGGGUAUAAAGGACCAUUGUUAGAAGAGCAAGCCCUUACGAAGGCAGCAGAGGGUGGAUUAUCUUCACCUGAAUUUUCAGAGCUCUGUAUUUGGUUAGGCUCUCAAAUAAAAUCAUUAUGCAACUUGGAAGAAAGUAUCACGUCUGCUGGAAGAGAUGAUCUAGAGAGCUUCCAGCUUGAGAUAAGUGGCUUUUUAAAAGAAAUGGCAUGUCCAUAUUCUGUACUCAUAUCAGGAGAUAUUAAAGAUCGUUUAAAAAAGAAGGAGGACUGUUUGAAACUUCUAUUAUUUUUAAGUACAGAACUUCAAGCUUCACAGAUACUACAGAACAAGAAACAUAAAAAUUCUCAAUUAGAUAAAAAUAGUGACAUUUAUCAGGAAGUUCAAGCUAUGUUUGAUACACUUGGUAUACCCAAGUCAACAACUUCUGACAUUCCGCAUAUGCUAAACCAAGUGGAAUCAAAGGUGAAAGAUAUUCUCUCAAAGGUCCAGAAAAAUCAUGUGGGAAAACCACUGCUGAAAAUUGAUUUAACUUCAGAACAGGCGGAACAACUUGAAAGAAUAAAUGAUGCUCUUUCCUGUGAAUAUGAGUGCCGCCGGCGAAUGUUAAUGAAACGAUUAGAUGUGACUGUACAGUCCUUUGGAUGGUCUGAUAGAGCAAAGGUAAAAACAGAUGAUAUAGCAAGAAUUUAUCAGCCUAAACGUUAUGCUUUGUCACCCAAGACAACAGUUACAAUGGCACAUCUACUUGCUGCUCGUGAAGAUCUAUCCAAGAUCAUUAGGACAAGUAGUGGCACCAGCCGGGAGAAGACCGCAUGUGCCAUCAAUAAGGUGCUGAUGGGAAGGGUGCCUGACAGGGGAGGCCGGCCGAAUGAAAUUGAACCACCACCCCCAGAAAUGCCCCCUUGGCAAAAGAGACAAGAAGGCGGCGGUGGAAGGGGUGGUUGGGGUGGUGGUGGUGGAGGUGGUGGUAGAGGAGGUGGUGGGGGUGGGGGUGGAAGAGGUGGCUGGGGGGGUGGAGGAGGCUGGGGAGGUGGUGGGGGAGGGGGAGGGGGAGGAGGGUGGGGGGGAGGAGGAGGAGGUGGUAGAGGAGGUUUCCAAGGCAGGGGAGAUUAUGGUGGAAGAGGGGGUUAUGGUGGAAGAGGGGGCUAUGGUGGAAGAGGCUACGGAGAUCCAUAUGGAGGAGGAGGUGGUGGUGGUGGUGGUGGAUAUAGAAGAUACUAAAAACUACAAAAAUCAGAUAGCAGUGCUUGCUUCUUUAUAGAUACAUUAGACAUAGUGUUCUAAAUAACAUACUUGAAUAUCAUCUUUGAAGUAAACACCAUGUUAGACUCCCUGGUGAUACCAUUCUUGAAUUGUUAAUAUGUAAGAACAUUGUUUUUUACUACCAGUUGAUCUCUCAAAUGAAGUGAAGACUUUUUCCAUAUUCUAUGUACCCUUGAGCAUGUUGUGUCUUUUUAAAAAACAAAAGAACAAAAAUUAUUUUUUAAAAUGUAAAUAAUACCAUCAAACUUGGAAAAUGGAAAGUAUUUUAUUGUCAUGAUUGAAUUUAGAUUGUUACCUGUAUUUUGUUCAGGUUUAGACAUAUAAAUGACCCCACCUGUAAUGGAAAGGAAUAUAGACCCUUGCCUCACCUUUAUUGCUGUGGAUGUGUUUUGUGGGUUUUUCAUUUGAUUUUACAAAAUAGGGAAAGGCACUUCCAGUUGUAUUUAGUAGGCAGUUGUUGUGAAUCAUUUUUAUCUCUUAUAGGAGGAGAUUCCUCUCUAGCCGUGUUUCUGUUAAAGUUUCACUAAUUGAAGCCCAAGUUUUUUACUGUACAUACUUAUUUUCUAAUUGGAUUUGAAAUCUGCAUGAUUUUGUUUUACAAAGCAAAGUUUUAAGAUUGAGGUCAGAAAUACUUUAAUGGAGCAAAGAUACAUACCAGCUUCACAUGAUGGUGUGAGAAAUAGUCCUAUAAACUGGUCUCUUCAUCAUAUAUGCUCUCACUUUUGAUAUCCAAAUAUUAAAAGACAGGCUGACCUGUAUCACACAGAAUUAAGGCAGUAAUUUCCUGCUUCAGUAGAUCAAGGGUAGGGCUAAGGCAUCCCUUGGUAAUUCUGAUUCACAGCUAGAUUUGGGAAACACAAAGUUAGGGAAUGGCUAUAUGUGGUUUGCUAGUUGGAGCAGUCAAUGUCUUAGCUAUCAAGAGUUGUGAAUCUGAAUCAUGGCACUAGGUCAGGGGUGCUGUGGAUUGAAAUGACCUUAGUUCUCAAGGAGUGAUUUGUCCUCAUUUGUCAAAUGAGGAAUGAGACACUUAGCGUCAUCUCGGGUUGUUUCAUAAAGACCUAAGUACAAAUACAAUUUGUUAAAAACGUAUAGAGGGCCUAUUUGAAUGCCUUAAGAUGUAGGGCAAGUAAUGUAUUUUUCUCUUAGUGUAGAGAGUUAGAGAAAAAGAGCUGGUCCCGUAAAUUUUUUCAAUCUCAGUGUAAAAUCUGUAUCGCAUUGUAGGCUUCUGGUCAAUACCUGUGCAUAACAACUUAAUGUGAUCCAACCAACUCAACUGAUAGAAAGCUGAAUUGUUCCCAGUGGACAAGUGGUAUUUGAUGUUUAGCAAGUUUUUUUGUUGUUAUUUUUUUUGGUAAACUCUGUGGUAAAAUCUAAAAUAAUGUUAAAACCUUAAAAGUAACUAUUGAAUAUUCUGUAAUCUUAGACAUGUAUUUUUCAAGCUAACCCUCUGAAGAAAUGUGUUUAAGGUAGGAAAAUAUAAAAUUUUUUGGUUAUUU